AUGAACGGCAGCCUGGCGAACGGAUUGAACGAGACCCGAAAGGUGCCACCGCAGAAGAUCGCCUUCGAUCGCAGCGAGUCAGUCUACAGCGAACAAGAUGUUCAGUGUGGCUUCUGGGUGUGCCGUGGCCCAAUAUGGCAACGAUUGGCCAGCAAGAAGCUGUACGUACUUCUGUUCGGGCUGAUGGGGUGCUUUCUCAACUCGACCACGUCGUACUUCUACGGCACGCUUACGACGGUCGAGAAGAGCAUUCAAAUCUCGUCCCGCACGGUUGGUAUCAUCACAGCCGGGUCAGAUAUGUCCUUCGUGCUGGCCUCACUGUUCCUUUCAUACUACGCGUCAAAUCGCCGGAAACCACUAUGGAUCGCAAUGGGCAUCGUCAGCAUGGCACUAUCGUGCUUCGUGAACGCACUGCCACACUUUCUGUUCUCGCCUGCACGUGAUCAGCUCGAGCAGAGUGCAGGCAACUGGACGCAGUCGAAGAGCGCCGACAACCUGUGCCGAGAGGAUCGACUGCCACCGGACUGUUCGCUGGAUGUGGGCAACCUGCAACCACAGUUGUUGCUGUUCUUCGGCAGCUUUCUGUCCGGCAUCGGAACGUCACUGUACUUCACGCUCGGGCUCACUUACCUGGAUGAUAACGUGCGCAAGGAGAAGGUACCAUUUCUAUCCAGCAUUGCAGCGUUCGGUCGGCGAAUGGGCCCGUUGGUGGGUUUCUCGUUGGCUUCCCUAUGUCUGAAGUACUUCGUGUACGUCGGAGUGGAUCCUGGAUACGAUCAGAGCGAUCCUCGAUGGGUUGGUGCCUGGUGGAUGGGUUGGCUUGUGCUUGGCUCGACACUCAUCAUCAUUGCGCCCUUUUUCGCAAGCUUCCCGAAAGUGCUGCCAAGGACAGCUGAGCGAAUUUCACUGUCACGUCAGGCGAGUCGCACGAGUGAAGCCACCGCAGGCGUGGAUCCUGAGGAUGUUGAUCCCGACAAGAAGGUAUCCUUCAGUGACAUGCUGGUCACACUGCGCCGGCUCGUCACGAAUAAGGCGUACGUGUUUAACAACGCGGCCAGCAUCUUCUACUUCUUCGGUUAUAUGCCGUUCUUCUUAUUCCAAGCGAAGUACAUCGAGAUUCAGUACCGAUUGACACCCUCACAAGCUAACAUGAUCACCGGGUCUGUUUCGCUGGUAUUUUCCGCCUUGGGUGUCCUUAUUGGGGGCAUGGUCAUACAGAAGCUGCGUGUAACCUCUCGGCAACUCGCCGGAUGGAAUAUUGCCACAAGCAUUCUGUCGGCGGUGGGCAUCGUUGGGUAUGCUUGGUUCGGAUGCUCAGCUCUCAAUAACGCCGAUAUUGUAGCCAAUUCUCAGGAUGUGUCAUGCAGUUUGGGUUGUAACUGCGAUUUUGUAAAAUAUGCACCAAUUUGUGGUAGCGAUGGCCAGACGUACCUCUCACCGUGUCACGCAGGAUGUCGAGAUGAAGAUAGAAGUGGAUCGUUGCUUUACACAAACUGCUCCUGCAUUCCGGGAUAUCAGAGCGGUGAUGGUAACUACACAUCCGGUUUCGGUUCUGCCGUCCCUGGAAGCUGCCCCGUCGACUGCUGGACACCGUUCUACUUCUUUCUCAUAGUGAUGUGCAUCAACAAGUUCAUCGGUGGUACCGAGUCGGCAGCCAACUUUCUCAUCGGCUUGAGGUGUGUUGAACCACGCGAUAAAGCGAUCUCGAUGGGCUUCUCGAUGGCGGUCAACACGUUGUUCUCAUUUCUUCCGGCACCGAUCAUCUUCGGAGCGAUCAUCGAUCGCACCUGUGUGCUGUGGGGCAGAACUUGCGCCAAACGUGGCAAUUGCUGGUUGUACGAUGGUGAAGCACUGCGCGUGUCCAUGAACUACACGGCAGCCGUAUUCGUGCUGAUCGGUACGUGCUUUGAUAUGGGCACCUGGUACUACUCGAAGAACUUUAAAAUAUUCGAUGACGUCCCGGAGGAAAACGCGACCGUUCCUGUUGAGAAGGAGCUGGAGACACUCGUCAGCAAAGGCGAGAAAAAUCCCUCCCAGAUCACUCGAACGGAAUGAUCAUCCCACAGUGGGUUAACCUUGGUGCAUCUCGAAGUGGGUCCGAAAGCGUGGGUCGUGUGCCAUCAGUACCAGUUUCAGUGUGCGUGCUUAUCUCCCGCAGGGUGGCUUAUCACUUGCUUGCUAAGAAGUAUGUACAAGACAAACUGACCCUUGGCUUUUGGUGGCAGCCCAUC